AUGUUCUCCUUCUCGAACUCCGCGGCCACGCCGCAACAGCAGCAACCGCAGCCGCAGCAGCCGCAGCAACCCCAGUCAUCGACGCCAUUCGGAGGCAGUGGAUUUGGCAAUUCCUUCUCCAGUCCAGGAGGGUUCUCCUUCGGCAACAACAGCACAAAUGCCGCACAACCACAGCAUCAGCAACAGCAACAGCAGCCGCAGCAAGGCACACCGCAGUCAGGUGGGCUUUUCGGACAGAAGCCGAUGUUUGGCACUCCUGGUGCGCAGCAGCCAACACAGCAGCAGCCGUCUGGCUCUCUGUUUGGCAAUGCUGGCACUCCUGCGCCCACUUCGACCCAGCCAAACCUCUUCGGCACGCCGCAAAACAACAACCUCUUCGGCUCGUCCGCCUCGUCGAACUUCCCGCAGCAGUCACAGUCGCAGAACUUUGGUCAGCAGACAUCGACGCAAACCAAUGCCUUCGGUCAGGGCGCCCCUGGCUUCAACUCCUCCUCUCCCGCACCUUUUUCGGCUCAGCCGCAGACGCAGCCGUUCAGCAGCCCCAUGCACCACCACAAUGCGACGCAGCAGCACGGGCUGCCGCACUUCGGCACGCCACAGUCGUCGCAACAGCAGCAGCAUCAGCAGCAGUUCCAACAGCAGCAGCACCAGCAGGCGCUCAUCGAACAGCAGCGUCUCAACUUGGAGCAGCAGAGUCACAACAUGAGCUACAUCCCCGGCUAUCUCAGCCGCACCAAAGUAGUCAAGCCAUACAAGCUCCCUUCGCGCCAGACCGAGCCCACCUCUCCCGAGGCAGUCCAGGAUGCCGAUUCGAGCAUUGCCUUUGGCACACCCGCCUCCAAGUCGGGCAAGGAGGAGAGCACUCCCUCGUCCAAGGGACACCCUUCGCCCGUAGGUCGCUUCAGCUCGAGCUUCUUCAACGACAGGCGCGACGACGCCUCGUUCAGUCGAGCCGGCUCCGCCGCGCCUGGAACGCCCUGGCGAGGCGGCAAAGAGAGCAUCUUUGGUGCUGGUGGCCUGCGCGGUGGGCGUCAGUCGGCAACACCGGCGCCUGCCUCUGCCAACGCCGGCACUUUUGGCACCCCAGCGCGCAAAACGUCGAUGGAAUCGCCCGCCCGCUCCAUCCGCUCCAAUUCGACUCCGCCCGCGGCAUCCGCAGCCUUCAAUGUGGCAAGUGGCGCCAUGGACGAGGAGGACGACGACGAUGCUCCUCCGCAAGAGCGUCUCGAAGAUGAGACAUCCACGGCGGCUCACUCGUCCUUGCUCGGUACGUCCAGCACCAGCAGCGGAAUGUACUCGGCCAACUAUCGAUCCCCUGCCGCUGCCGAUGCCACAUCGCCGCAGAAGCUUCUUCCAACUCGGAACACCCUGUCGGCGUCGUCCGCGACUGCGCUCCAACGAACUUCGCCUUCUCUGACUCUUGCCGCUACCGCUUCGAGCGAAGGAUACGCCUCGACUCCGACUGGCGAUGCGUCGGCGGAGAAAAACUCGACCUUGGGCCUCGCGCAACGCACCGUGCUGGUGUUCGGAUAUCCGACGUGGAUGGAAAAGGCUGUACUCGAGCUUUUUGCCAGCAUCGGCGGCGUCGAGCUGAUGGAGGCGAUCGAUCUCACGGGCAGCGGAUCGGCGCAAGAGCAAGCGUCGGCGCAGCCAUCGGCUCCGGCACUGUCUUGCUGCACGCGCAUCCGCUACGCCGAGUCGUUUCAGGCGCUGCAUGCACUGCGUCGCAACGGCGAGGUGGUGGCAGGCGCCUGUAUGGUCGGUGUCCGUUGGGAAGACGACAACUUUCACCAGGUCGCGCUCACCAACGGCAGCGAUGCCGUGUUCCGAAUGGACGUCUUCCCCUCCAGCCGCACCGCCGAGACGUACAAAGCGUCGUCCAAGUCGAUCGCUGUUCCUUCCAUUGAUGCGGCCGCGGGUGCCAGUGCGCUUUCUUCAAGCAAGAUCGGCGGUUCGAACGCGCCUAGCUUUGGCAGUGGCAAAGGCUCCAGCAGCUCGAACAACCGCCACUCGAUCGCGUUCGGACAGGGUGCCUCGGAACGCGCCAACUCGUCUGGCCAGGCAGCCUCGGCAAGUGGCAGCACCCCUUCGUAUCCCGCCUUUGGUCGCCCCCUGUCGGUGAUUGACGACCCGUCGGUAGCAUUCAAGCCUUCGGUGUCGGGCAACCACCUCAGCGGGCUGGCAGGCUCGCCGUUCAAGGCAGCUUCGUCUCUGUUUGGGUCGGGCGCUGCAGGUGCUCCCAAGCCCGCACCCGCAGGCAGCACCAACGCAGCUGACUCAAAGGCAGGCGCCUCCAACGGCAGCACGAGCGUGCUCGGCCGCAUCACCGAGGGCAUCUUUGGCUGGUGA